AGGAAUCCUCCGGUACCGAACAGUGUGACCAAGCGAGGUCAGACGUGCCUCAUGGCGCCCUCCAGGGCCUUGCUUCUCUGCCUCCUGCUGCAGACCAGCAGCGCUGCACAGCUGGAUGCGACUUUGCAGCGGAAGAAGGGUUCCGAGACUUAUCUCAUUAGGUCUGCCGAUCCGCCACCGAAGCUUGAGACCGUCAACGUGAACUACAGCAUGGCGCCGCCCCCAGUUGCAGUGGAUCAGACGGUGGCAGUGCCACCAGUGGCUGAUGGCAAUCCCUACAGCACUCCUGUCUGGCAGACGAGCAACAAGACGAGCUGAGAGUGGACUGUAGAAUCCUAUGCAGUAUUAUGAACAGCAUCGGCAUUGCGCUGGUGCGAAGCACUUGUGUGACGUGAUAAGGGAGCAAGAGAUACUGGGAGCGGG